AUGGCGGAUGGUGAAACAAAAUAUCCGUUGGGUUCUCCAUUACAGCAUGUAAAGAUUUGUGAGGAGCAUGAUUCAAUCAUUGACAUUCUGUGCGAGGAAUGUUAUGCAUUUAUUUGUUCUAUCUGUGCAAGAUUAAAUCAUAAUGGUCACAACUGGGUAACCCAAGCCACGGCAGCUUUACAAAGAAGAAGAGGAAUCCAUGAACAUCUUGUUAAUAUAAAGAAAGAAAAAAUAUCAAAGCUUGAUAAAGAGAUACAGAAGAUGGUGUCACAGAUGGAAGAAAAUGAGGGUAUGUGUGAUACUCAGGUAAAAGACUUACAAAGGCAUUAUGAUGAUACAAUACUCAAACUAAUAGAUAUCAAGAAAAAUCAAAAAGAUGUACUGAAAGACAAUCUAAGGAAAACGAAUGAAACGAUAAAGAAUGCAAAACAUAAUUUAGAAAAGAUAAGGAAAUCUAUAAUUGACAUUGUGGAUUUCAUGGUGGAAAACAAUAGUACCAUUUCUGAUUUCAGCCUGAUUGAAAGUCACAGACAACUAGAAGAGUUAUUAUGUGAAAUGAACAGAUACUUUAAUAAUUGUGGAAAUACAGCAAGGUACAUUAGAGGGGAAUUCGAGGAGGAUAUGCUGGAGAAUAUGAUUGGACGUAUAGUAGAAUUAGAUGACAUUUGUCAUGCUGAAACAAGCUCAUUCAAAUAUGUGGAAGAUGGAAUUGCUUUUUUGCAGGCAUAUUGCGAAGAUGAAUAUUAUAUAAAAUAUAUUCAAACAGAUUGCAUUGAUGAAGUCAACAAACAAGGAAAGCUAAAGCGGCAAAUCAAAAUCUGUCCUGCGGGUGUUUGUGUUACUGAUAAUGGUAACGUUUAUAUAACCGAUAAUGAAAAAAAUUCUAUUUGUCGUCUAUUUCCAUCUGGAUAUAUCUCUACAAUAUUUAGUACAACGCCAUUGAUACCGGACGGGAUAUGUCGAUCAGUGGACGGUGGACUUUUCGUCACAUUAAGAGACAAUGAAUCCCCUGUCUUUCAAUUAAACAAUUGCAGCAGACGUCUUGUAAAAAAAAUUACAUUAACUGGAGCUGAUGAGUUUGAAUUUCAGAAAGGAACUCAAACGAGGCUCUUUACAUGGCCUAUCAGAGUCUUGCAAAAUAGGAACACUGAUAUUUGUGUUGUGAACCUUACAAGCGACACAACAGGUGAAAUUGUGAUUGUGACACCUUCUGGUCAUCUGAAGACUGUAUACCAUGGACAGGAUUUGAUAGGAAGAUUUUGUCCAUUUAACAUAGAAUGCGACAUCCAUUCAAACAUUCUUGUUACUGACCCAGCAAACCACACUAUCCAUUUACUGAGUCCUGACGGGGAGUUCAUGAAGUAUCUACUGACAGAAAGAGAAGUGACUCGUCCAUCUGCCAUUUCGCUACAUAAAUCUACACUGUGGAUUGGAGAUUUUAAUGGGCGCGUAAAAGUGUUUCAGUACAACCAUACACAGUAG